GCCAUAUUGGGCAACUGAGAAAAGGGCUCGUCUCGCCUUGUUUUUUUUCCCUCUCCGCCCGUACGACGUGGCCGUGGGGAGAGCGGCGGGGCCGUGCGGACAGCGGCGGGGCCGUGCGGAUAGCAGCGCGAGGCCGCCCCCGGGGCCGCGGAGGGCAGCGCCGCUCCCCGCUCGGCUGCUCCCCUCCGGAGCCGCCCGGGCUGCCCGGCGGCGGCUGUCGGGGUUCGGCCGGCCCGGCGCUUAUGCAAUUGCGCGCUGCCGCCUCUCCUCCGCGGGCCGAGGCGGGGCCGCAGAGAGGGGGCCGUACGGAGAGAGACCGCGGAGGAGAACCUGCGAGCGGCCGCGGGUAAGAAGCGGAGAGGAAGAGCGGGGAGAGCCGCGAGAAAACCCACCGCCAUCGGUGACGGCAGAAAGGGAGGGGGAGAUGUCAAACGUCCGCAUUUCUAAUGGGAGCCCUACCCUGGAGCGCAUGGAGGCGCGGCAGUCGGAGUACCCGAAGCCGUCGGCCUGCAGGAACCUCUUCGGGCCGGUAAACCACGAAGAGUUAAACAGGGACUUGAAGAAGCACCGCAAGGAAAUGGAAGAGGCAUGCCAGAGGAAGUGGAAUUUCGAUUUCCAGAACCACAAGCCGCUGGAAGGCAGGUACGAGUGGCAAGCCGUGGAGAAGGGGAGCUCGCCCGACUUCUACUUCAGGCAGCCGAGGCUAUCCAAAGCCGUCUGCAAGUCCGCCGGCCGUCAGAGCCUGGAUGUAAACGGGAAUUGCCAAACCGCGAUUUGCGCCGCUUCUCAGGGAAUCUCAGAGGACACUCACUGUGUAGGCCGAAAGACUGAUGUUGCUGGCAGUCAGACGGACUUUGCAGAGCAGUGCGCCGGGCAGAGGAAAAGACCCGCCGCCGACGAUUCCUCUCCUCAAAAUAAAAGAGCCAACACAACAGAAGAGGAGGUUUCAGAAGACUCCCCCAGUGCCAGUUCAGUGGAGCAAACACCCAAGAAAUCGAGCCCGAGACGACAUCAAACGUAAACUCCCUAAGGCGGAGGACUCGCGUUUCCUUGCUCAUCGGGGGGCGGUGAAGCCAGGAAGAUAUAAAGUUGUAGUAGAGAUGAAUACAUAUCGUCGGUCUCCAUGGGAUGGGGACCCUGUGCAAGCACUGAAAAACAACGACAGCAAAACAAAAAAAAAAAGCAGACAAUAACACUAAAAGUUUAGACACUCUUAAAAGACCUGCCUCUAAAAGCAUCGGAUGUAGCAUUGUGCAAUUAGGUGUUUCCUUAUUUGCUUCAUUGUACUACCUGUGUAUAUAGUUUUUACCUUAUGUAGCACAUAAACGUUUUGGGAGGGGGGGGGAGUGGAAGAGGGCGACCGAUGGAAACUUGCUUUCGCCAUCUAGCAAGCAAAGAAAUGAAGAGAAGCAGUGUAGGCUCUUUAUUCCUUAAAGAUGUAUUGUCCCUUUAAGUGGGUCCCCUGUGUUUUUAUUUUUUCCUCGCAACACGGUGGUAGCGCUGCUCGCAGCAGAUGCCUGCAGGCCGCCGUCAGAGCCCUCUUCGCUGUGCUGGGCUGAAGGGGUGGGAGGUGGGGUGAUCCCCCCACCUCAGAUCCCUAUAGGAAAUUGGAAUGCCUCUAGUCUCACAAAUUCACCCCAUUUGCUACAUCGCCGGAGUUGUUAUUUUUAUUUUUGGAAAGGAAUCCGGAGGGCACUUGUUCCAAAUCUCCAAUGUUGCUGUUUUCUGACCAGGCCCACAUCCUUUCGUCCUUGUGUGAGGGAAAGGGAUACUACAUCUUUAAACAGUAUUUCUACAUUGCCUGUGUACCUGUAUGUAAAAAUAAAAAGUUUGAAGUGUACCUGUGUACAUAACUCUGUAAAGACACUGAGAAAUUAUACUAACUUAUUUAUGUUUAAAAGAUUUUUUUUUAAUCUAGAAAACAGUAUUUUUCCCCAUAAAGCCAAAGCGGCGUGUUUUUGUGCAUUUGUAAAUGCUCUAUUUGGUAGACUUCUUAGAGGUUUUUUUUUGUUUUUGUUUUUUUUUUUGGUUGUUUUUUUUUCCCUUCCUUCCUGAUAAUAUGGCUGUGCUUAAAAGGAUUGCAGACUGAGCCAAUUCCAUAUUUUUUGUAAUGUUUGGGGAAAAAGAAAAAAAAAAAAAAGCAGAAAUACGGAUCGAUGUUGUUUCACAGCGAGCAAUCAAUAAAGAGAAGUGCCAUCUGUAA